AUGACCUCCUUAUCACUCACACGUUCAGCUAGUUUACUCCACAGCUGCUUAAUUAACAAUUGGCGUGUUUUCCGCGUGGAUCAGUCUCGGCUGUAUUAUGGAUUUCCGCAGGUGACUGGAUUACCAGGUGUACACACCGUGGACCUCCGGUCCGACGUUGGCACCAAACCCGGAGCAGCCAUGCGCAAAGCCAUGGCGGAGACAGAGCUCGGAGAUGAUGUGUUUGCAGAGGACCCUACAGUUAAUGAUUUACAAAAAGAAGCUGCUGAUAUGUUUGGUAUGGAGGCUUCUUUAUUUGUCCCCACGGGAACGAUGGGUAAUCUGAUUGCAGCUAUGGUGCACUGCAGGGAAAGGGGAGAUGAGAUGAUAUUAGGUGACCUCUCUUAUAGUCACAUCUCUGAACAGGGUGGAAGUGCACAGCUGGCAGGUAUCCAUUCUGUAACAGUGACUACACUAGCCGAUGGCACCUUUGAUCUAGACCAGGUGAUCUCUAAGAUCCGUCACGGUUACCCAGACAUACACUAUCCAAGCUCUCGCCUGGUGUGUAUUGAAAACACGCACAAUAUUCAGGGAGGCCGAGUCCUUCCACUCUCGUUCCUGCAGGAGCUUCGCUCUGUGGCUGAUACGUUCGGUCUGGCAGUGCAUAUGGAUGGAGCGAGGUUGAUGAAUGCAGCCGUUGCUCAGGGUGUUCAUCCCUCUGUUAUACUACAACAUUGCCACUCCGUCAGUGUCUCUCUGUCCAAGGGGCUGGGGGCACCUGUAGGCUCCAUGCUUGGUGGGUCCAAAGAUUUCAUAGAGAGAGCAGAUCGUGCCCGCAAGGCACUUGGAGGAGGAAUGCGCAAAAUGGGUAUUUUAGCAGCAGCUGGUAGGAUCGCCCUGUCGGACAUGAUUGGUAGACUGGAAGAGGACCACAGGAACGCCAGACGCUUUGCUGAAGCGCUUAUACAGUGCCACCCUCCUUUCUACCAGCUGGACCUCGCCACCGUGGAAACAAACAUUGUGAGGUUUCAUCUUCAGGACCAGCGGAUGAGCCUACAUGAGUUCUGUGAGCGUAUGGCAAGGGUUGAUGAGCAGGAGGUGAAGGCUUUGGGUCAGGGGAUCCGGGUCCUGAUGUUCCCAUACAUGAGAGAUGCAGUCAGGGCUGUGUGGCAUCUGGGUAUCAGUGAGAAAGAUACUGAACUGGCUAUAGAGAAGGCCCGGUUUGUGGCUCAACAGCACAUAUACAAGUCUGUCAGGACAGCACGAAUACAAUAACUCUCAUUGAAUCAGUUUUUGUCAACAGUUUAGAUCAGUUUGUAAAAUGGUUUUGGGAGGGGGCUCAAACUCGGGUCGCCAAAAGUGCGUCAUAUGUUGGAGCACUGCCCACUAUGCCAUCAGUUUGUACAUUUUUUAACUAAAAAAUAAAACUUAAAAGUCUAAUUCUCCGGUUUGCAAACCCAACAAGACAAUUUAGUGUUUUAAUGUUUUUUUUUUUUACAUUAAAUUGUGCAAUGAUUGACUGAAUUUGACCCUGUUUAAUUCCAUACAUUGAAACCAGAAUAGUCUAAAGAGUUAAAAAAGGAAAGCAAACAACCUGUGACCUUUUUUUAGGUUUAUUAUUUUCAAGUGUUAUAUAAGAGCUUCCCAUAAUGAUGCGACAGAGACAUUGUCAUGACGACAAAGCAGUGAUUGCAUUCACUGCAAUGGACAUGAAAAGGGGACCAGGCCACUGUCUAGUCAUAACAAUAUACCUUUAAAACAUUUGGGUGGAUGUUUAUUCGGUUGCCUAUUUCACUGCAUCCGUCCAAUUACUGUAUCUUUACAACUGAGUUAUAUUUCCAUUGAUGUGUUGUGAAUCCUGAAAUGUAUGUGUUAAUUGCAUUACAAGACAGAAAGCAUGUUCUUACACCAUGUGUAAAUGAAACCCAACACCAGCAUGAGUGAUAUUUGGAUUUGGACCAUUUGGAUUUACUGCCAAUAAAG